CAAGUCAGACGGGUAAUGUGCCAACGUCGUAACAAAAUUAAAGGGAGACACAUAUCACGCAGAAAGAACGUGAAAACCCAAUCAUCAUGCUUUUGAACUACAAAAGGAUCAAAGAACACGGCUUCCUAAGGAGCCACAGAUAUAGUCCACUAACUUUAAAGAAAGGGUGAUACAUAUACUUUGUAUAUAAAAUCUUGACAUAUAGAAUGCUGUACACUUAAAGGAUAUCACAAUAUUUUGUGAUUUUCCUUUUGUUUCUACCUUAAUAAACGAAAACAGAAACAAAAUUAGUGAGAGGAUCGCUAUAUAUGCAAAUAUUUCGCCCUAGUUCCACCCUUUUUUGAACCUCAAGUUCAAUUGCUUUACGAUAGUACGUCGUGAAAUGAGGCGGCUUGGCCGCAGUAUUGGCGGAAGCUAGCCUUGUGCUUUGCGGCAAUGGCGUGAGCUUGUUACGGGGCUGCAGGUACCAGUGGUGGUGUUUGUGUCAGGCUUUAGGGGUUUCUUAAACUCUGGAUUUUUGUGGGUUUUUUUCUUUCUUUCUUUCUUUUUGUAUUGACCCUGCAGAAAGGCAAGUGUAAUUUCUCCACGUCGCUGUUGGAAGUCAGAUUUUCUCCCAGAGAGGCGCCUUUCCUUUUCCUGCGUCUUUUCCACACAUUUUACUCUUAUCCCGUUAGACCCUCCCCACCAGCCCCUCGCAAAACGACUCGCCAUCUUAUUUGGUUUUACUUCUGUGCUUUGGGCGAAUUCCAGCCUCUAGGUGAUCACUCCUUCCCUCUUUAGCGGAUCCCCGCCCGCCUCCAUCUUCGUCCUCUGGGGGAGAGCAGUCCCUCGCGGCUAGUCUGAGGAAUGCGGCGUAGCAGCUCUCCGCAGGACUCUUCCUUGCCUGAAGAGUGGCCUUCCUCCGCCCUCGGACAGGCUUUCUCCCAGAUUUUACACCGUUUUACCAGCCAGGAGUCCCUAAGGGACAAGGAAAGAAAUGCAGCUCUUCGGGACCUCAGCGCUCUAAUGGAAGGCACAGACUGUGAUAGAUUAUUUGAGGGGAGUGGCACAUCACUCCGUGGAAUGCCAGAGAUGCUGGGGCAAGUGGUUAAAGUCCUGGGGAAGUAUGCAGCCCCACCCAAGGAGCAGGAAGGUAAAAGUGCUGGUUACUCUGAAGUGGCCGAGAAAGCGGCAGCUGUUGGGUUGCUAUUUCUUAACCUACUGAGGAAAGUUGAGGCGGCCAAGAAUUUGGUUUACCCUGCAUGGAAGACAAGCCUACGUCACUUGGCAGGGCCCGUCUAUAUCUUUGCCAUCACACACAGCUUGGAGCAGCCGUGGACCAGCCCAAGAUCUCAGGACGUUGCUGGAGAUGUGCUUGCCUUACUCCUUCAAGUUACUGAGUGUAGUUCUGUGGCGGGGUUUCUACACGGAGAAAAUGAAGAUGAGAAAGGGAGAUUUAUUGUGAUAAUGGAGCUUCUCAAACCGGACUUGAAUAAGGAAUCCUGGAAGAAUAACCCUGCCACCAAACAUGUUUUCUCACAGACUCUGCAACAGGUCACUCGACCCUGGCUGAACCAGCAUUUGGAAAGAGUGCUUCCUCCAUCACUGCUCAUCUCAGAUGACUAUCAAACUGAGAACAAAAUCCUGGGUGUACACUGCCUCCACCACAUUGUGCUGAAUGUGCCAGCUGCUGAUUUGCUCCAGUAUAACAGGGCUCAGGUCGUAUACCAUGCCCUUUUCAACCACCUGUACACACCAGAGCACAACCUCGUUCAGGCUGUACUCCUCUGUCUGCUGGAUUUAUUCCCAGUCCUGGAGAAAGCUCUGCACUGGAAGGGUGAUGCGGCUCGACCCCGCACACGCUGUGAUGAGACACUGCAGCUGAUCCUGACCCACAUGGAGCCAGAACACCGCCUCCUCUUACGCAGGACCUAUGCGAGAAACCUGCCAGCUUUUGUGAGGAGGUUGGGCAUCCUAAGUGUCCGGCACUUGAAGAGACUGGAGCGAGUCAUCAUUGGUUAUCUGGAGGUUUAUGAUGGACCGGAGGAGGAGGCUAGACUACAGAUACUGGAGACCCUAAAACUUCUCAUGCAGUAUACCUGGCCCAGAGUUCCCUGUAGGCUUGUGGUUUUAUUGAAGGCUCUCUUGAAACUGAUAUGUGAUGUAGCAAGGGAUCCAAGCCUUACACCUGAGCCUGUUAAGAGCGCCUUGUUAGAGGCAGCCACGGAAUGCCUCAUUCUCCUGGAUCACUGCUCUCAAGGACAGGUGAAGGGCCUUAUCGAAGGCAUGAAUGGGGAAGUUGUAGAUGUCGCCAUACUGAAGAACAUAAACACAGACUGGCUUUUACUACAUCUGGAUCUUAUGCUUAAAGUCUACUGUUCAAUAAGCAUAUUAUUUUCCUCAGUGUAAAGGAAGAAUACUUUGAUGAGUAAUAUUUCUAUACUAUUUUUUCAAGCCUAGAGGUGGCAGUGUCUUUAAAAAGUCCAUUUUGACAUUUAAAUAAUUUAGAGGCUAAUAUCAAACAGGUAAGUCCUAUAAGGGAAGGAAAUGGAUUACUUAAAAUUUUUAUAGUCUGUAAAAUCCUUGAAUGGAACAAAUUAAUUUUGCUGACAAAGGGUGAAUAGUAAGGAAAGUAAAUUUUAUUCAUGUUAUCUUUGUAAAUGACACCGAUUUUUUUAAAAAGAAAAAAUUUUAAAGACCUUUUGAAGACUAGGGUAAUAUACAGGAGGAUCAAAACUGUGUGGCUUUUGUACAGAGAUCUGGAACUGCUGCAUUUGGAAACAGGCAUUGAGGAUAAUGGAAAAAGGGAAAGGUCUCUUACUGAACAGAGUACCGAGAGUAACCAAAGUAUUUUAUGUGCUUGCUUCAAAGGAGUAAAGUGAGGAAGCCAGGGCCUGCUUGGUAUUUACUUAUUCUAGGAAUAAAACCAAAGUGAAGAUCUUUCUAGUAUCUCUGAAAAUAAAACACAUUUCCCAUUGUUUCCCAGCAUGAUGUUACCACCUAAAAAAUAACUUUACACCCCAAAGUUCCUAGCUUUCUCACCGUGUCUUGUUUCAGUCUCUCCAGCAAUUCCUUUUCAAUGGCAUUGUCCAGCUGAGCAGCUAUCAGUGCCUUUUCCUAAAUGAGAAAAAAGUAAACCCAUGUAUUUCAUUAGUACUCAUUUUUCAGUACAGACGUGGGUGAAGCUAUCAAGUUUUUACGAGAAAGACGUAAUCACUUUUUCCCUCCUGCUAUUACUGGCACUUUGGCAACCAGAUAUAUUUCUUCUUUCCCUCUCAGAACUGGGGAACUUUUUCAUUUAAAAAAUUAUUAGGGUUUGUAAGUAGCAUUCUAAACAACUAGAUUCUAACAAAGCCUUUGAUAGAAAUAAAAACCAUGUAGGUCUAUGUACAUUUAAGUGUCUCAGAAAAUGAGCAAUCGUGAAGCAGUCUUUGUGAAAGCUGAGAAGUGGAAACAGAGAUGAGACCUUAACUCUUUUACAUUUUCUAAAACCCUGUUAUAUUCCAUGUGAUAGAUUGAAAAGUAGAUAAAAAAAACAUAAAAUUCUUAACCUCAGUGUAGUCUAAGACUGUACAUUAAUGUGAUAGUGAAGGUCAUAGAGGAUUUUGAAAUGUUACUGAACUAUGUGAGAAUAUCACGUGUGCUUGGUAAAUUACAGUGCAGGAAGACUGGGGCCAUGUGGACCAGUUAAAAGGUUACUGUGAUGGUUUACACUGUCCUCUAACCUGGGUGCUUAUACCUCAAGGGUGAUCCACUGAGAUGUAGGAAGAAAAUACUCAAAACUUCUGUGUAUAUAAACUUGUACGUAACUUAAAGAAAAGCAUUACAAAUAUCUUCUAUGCAUAACAA